AUGGCAAAAAGCAAAUAUGAAUAUGUUAAAAAGUUUGAGCAGAAUGAAACCUGUUUAUUAAAUUGUUGGAUUGUUGUUCGAAUUGAUGGCAGAGGAUUCCACAAGUUUACACAUGACCAUUUGUAUGAAAAACCAAACGAUAUCAGAGGUUUAUCACUUAUGAAUUUUUGCGCAAAAGAAGUCAUGAAGCAGUUCCAAGACAUUGUCAUUUCGUAUGGACAAAGUGAUGAGUAUAGUUUUUUUGAUGGAAGAAUAAUAUUAUACCCUUCUCUUGAAAACAUUCGUGAUUACUUAAGUUGGCGUCAAGCUGAUUGUCAUAUAAAUAAUUUGUAUAAUACAUGUUUCUGGUCUCUUGUUAAUAAAGGUGGAUUGUCUACACUAGAUGCAGAAUUAAAACUGAAAGGAACACUGGCUAAAGAUAAAAAUGAGUUACUGUUUUCUGAGUUUGAUGUUAAUUAUAAUGAUAUAUCUCCAAUUUUUAGAAAAGGUAACAUAGUUAUUAGACAAAAAGUUGCUGAAGAAAUAAUGAAAGAGAAAAAUGGUGAAUCAGUUAAAGUUAUAAAAGAGAAGAAUGAUACUGUUAUUCUCCAUGAUGAUAUUAUUGGAGAAAAUUUCUGGAAAAAGUUUCCAGAGAUUUUGACUUAA